AUGACGUACGUGUCGUACGUCACUGGAUCUGACCAGCAAACACCCAUGCAGUGGCCAGUUGUGUUAGUCUGCGUGGCCAUAGCCAAUAAUGCAUAUGGAAUCGAGUACCUUAACGUUACCUUAGACGCUGUACAGAGACAAUUAGAGGACUUCAAACUCAGACAUCCGAAACCUAUCGGAGUGUUAACAACAUCAGCUGGCUCACCGGUGGAUGUGCGGGAGACAGUUACCCUCAACACCGAUUUCUUCAACAGUCAGUAUUUCUGGGAUCUGCAAACAUCUAUUGAUAAAGAGCGCAUUCCACAGCGCGUGGUGCAUGCGCGCGGCACGGGUGCUUUCGGCUAUUUCGAAGUCACCAACGACGUCUCCAAAUAUACAAAAGCGGAUGUCUUUAAUGGCAUCGGAAAGAGAACUCCUGCCUUCGUCAGAUUCUCUUACCUUAUCCAAGGUCGCGACGGUUUAGACGUGGUGAGAGAAACAGGAGCCUUAGUAUCCAAGUUCUACACGAACGACGGCAAUUUAGAUUUCCUGUCCUUAUCAUUCCCAGUAUUCCUCUAUAAUUCUCCACAUUUGUUACAUCCAUUGAAUCAUGCUUUCAAGAGAAAUCCAAAGACAUAUGUUAUCGAUUCUACAGCUCGAUUAGAUGCCAUCAGUCAUACUCCUGAAGCCAUCCACCAAAUAUUAUGGCUGCUCUCUGAUUUCGGUAUAUUUAAUGGCUACAGACAUAUGAACGCAUUUCCUAUCCACGCAUAUGAGAUCGUCAACAAACAUGGUGACAGCUAUUUCGUAAGAUUCAAUUUUAUAAGUGAACAAGGCUUGGAGCUGCUCAGCGAGCGAGCUGCCGUGGCUCUGAGAUCUAAUGACCCGGACUACUCCAAUAGAGAUCUUUACGAUGCAAUAGCCGCUGGAAAUUACCCCUCUUGGAGACUAGACAUAGACAUCAUUCCUAAGGCCCACAUUACUAAACUUAAUUACAAUCCUUUCGACAUGGGCGCGUUAUGGAGAAACGGAACAUAUCAUACAGUAACUAUUGGACGCUUAGUUUUAAACAAAAAUCCUGACAAUAACUUUAAGGAUAGCGAACUAGCGGCUUUCAAUCCCGGAAAUUUGGUGCCCGGAAUACCAGGACCGGUUGACGACAUGUUCAAAGCGCGAAGAUUCUCCUACCGAGAUGCUCAAGCUCAUCGGUUAGGCAUCAACCAUAAUAAUAUCGAAGUCAAUCUGCCGAAGUAUGCGAAAACCUAUAAUCGGGACGGCGUACCGCCAGUGCUAGAUAAUAUGAAAGAUGCGCCGAAUUACUAUCAGAACUUGUUUAAUGGCCCAGUUCCGUUUGUAGACGUAGCGAGACCUAAAGAGUCCCCCAUGAUAAAGUUCCGUCAGUCGACAGAUCUUGGAGAGUCUGCUUAUUUCUACAAUACUUACGUCAAUACGGAAGGUAAGAGGACAAGGUUGGCAACAAACAUGGCGGGCAUAAUGGUGAACGCGGUCGAAGAAGCGCAGAAGGAAUGGCUGAGGAUCAUGUACCUCGUAGACCGUGACCUUGGGGCGCGCGUUGAGGCAGCGUUGCCUCUCGCUGAGGCACAGAAGAUAUUGUCGCGCCCGAGACUGGUAUUAGUUGAGGAGAAUCCUAAAACAUAUGAUCUAGUACCUAACUGUCAGUAG